AUGCUGUUUGUGUUACUAACUGUUUUACUUGUUACAACAGUAGGGUCAACUUCGUCUUUCAAUCAUGUAAAGGUUACUGAGAACAAUUACUUCAAUGAUAAUGGUAACUCUAAGAGUACCUUGUCAGACUGGUGUCAGACAUGUCAAACAGCAGUUAACUAUAUUCUAUCAGUUUUGGUAGAAUAUUUCCAAGUUCAUAAAAUUGAUAAUUACAUUGAAACAUUUUGCAAAAUAGCUGGAAGUUCUAAUAUAUCGUGCUCAGCUUUACUGGCAGAAUAUGUCACCAAUACUGUUGACUUGAUUAAUUCCACGAACCCGAUGACACCAUGCCGAGCUGAACACCUCUCCAGUCCUCCAUCUGAUGACUUGAAAUGUGAAGUAUGCGAAGGCCUAGUCAACAUAGGAAAGUUAUACCUCUUAUCUCCAAAGGUCACUAGAAUACUUGACAAUUUCACUUGGAAAUUUUGCAGGUUACCAGGAAUUGUUACGAAAAGAUGUAUCCCUUGGGCACAAGAUAUUCUGAAUAGAAGCUUCUACAAUGUUUUAAAAACUGACUCCGCUCUAGUUUGUGAAUACGCUUUUCUUUGCUGA